CAAAGCCAAAGCUGACGCUUAUUUAUCAAGGCUUGAAGGUGCGGAAGUCGCCAAAGCAAAAGCUAUCAGAAGCGAAGCCAACAAGCCUCCAGGACAUGGACCUUGCCUUGAAGGAGACUCGCGCAGACCAGAAAACCCUACAAGAGCAGCUGCGACUAGCCGAAGGACGUGCUAGAGAUCUUGAGAGCAGAGUCGAUAACGGAACCCGUGGUGCAUCCGAAACCGAGAUACUUCGUCGACGAUUAACAGAGCAACUUGAUGACGAAAAGGAGCGACACAAGAAGGAUGUUGCUGAGAGAGACGUCAUGAUUGAUCAGACGCGGAAGAAAUACCAGGGCGAGCUUGCGUUACUGAGUGAAGAGCUACAAUCUCAGCGGGACACCAUCAGCCGAUUGCGUGAUGAAAGCCGCAAGACUCGAGCUGAACUCGACCAACUUCAUCUUCAGUACGAUGACGAAGUCUAUUCUAGUGGCGCGUGGAAGAAGGAGAAAGAACGCCUGGAGAGCAAGAUUUCGGAUUUGACAUCCGCUUAUGAGUCAGCGACAGGUGUCCAAUCAGAGCAGCAAUCUCAGAUUGUGAACUUGCUAUCACAAGUUCGAGAGUUGCGAGGUGUGCUUGACGAGGCUGAAGCUGAUCGUACAGCAUUACAGAAAGCAAGGCGUAACCUUGAGUCUCGACUCAAUGACAUUGCACAAGGUUCUUCUCAGUCCGAUAAGUUAUCGUCCGAUCGCGUCCUACAAGCUUUGCACCUUGAGAAGCAGGACCUUCGAAGCUCCCUUGAUGCUCAAAGGGAUCGCGUGACGUUGGCUACGGAGCGCCUAAAGAAAGCAGAAGCACAUGCCAUUGACUGCCAGAGUCAGUUAAAUAAAGUGCGGCACGAAAAUGCCGAACUUGAUCGACGCAAUGCAAACUUGGAGAAACAGGUCAAGGAACUCAAGCUUCGUGUCGUUGAUCAGGAGACCAGGGCUUAUGCUACAUCACCAAAGUCUUCACCCCACGUUAAGCGACUGGAGGUCCGAGUGGAGGAGCUCACUAACAAGCUCAACCAAGAACUCAAAGAGAAGGCCGAGUCUGACCGAGCCUUCCGCGAUGCGGGGACAAGCGCCCGCAACACCCAAUUUCAACUUAGCGAAAGCGAGCGGGCUCGUGCUAGGCUGGAAGCGGACGUGAAGGAUUAUGAGAUGAAGCUAGAAAAACUGAGAAGCUCGUCUGAUGAACUUCAAUCUUCUGAAAGCGAACUCCAAGUCGCCAAGCGUCAAGCUGAGCUCGAUGCAUCCGAGCAGCGGCAGAAGGUUCUUGCACUGGAACGUGAAGUGGAACGGCUCCGUUUUAGGCUUGAACGUCCACUCCUGGAGCGGUCCUCUCCGUCUUCAUCACCGCGAAAGUAACCCCGUGUCAUGUUAUGGAUCUUUGCAACACUAUACUUUAUCCCGAUUCAUAUUCAACGUAUUCGUUAUUGCU